AUGAAUCGACACGAAUUCGCCAAUCUGAUCGCCCAGACACAACCCACCAUGAAGGCGACAGGUACCAACAACCGCUCCGCUUCCGCAAAAGCCACCAGCAGUUUGUGUAACCAGUUGCAGUCUUUGUCUCCACGACAGAAGUUCCAGUCUCAUAUCCGAACUUUGAGUCAAGAAAGCACUGCUUACUCCAAAGACGCGUCUGUGGCUCCAUACUCUCCUUCACCUUCCUCGUCUCCGUCCCCUUCUCCCUCGCCCACCAGCAACACCUACCGAUACAGUGAAACUGCUCUACGCGGUGGGAGAUACACACAACAUGAGCCGCAGUUCAUUACGGAGGAGCGAGAGGCCUGGGCUCGACCAUCCCCGACAGAGACAAGACGCGGACGGAAUCCGACUUCAGAAGAUACCUUUGUUCUUCAACCUCCUCGAGAUCAAAGUCCUGUUCAACAACCACGUAAACAUCUUCGAGAGCUAAGGGCUUUUGCUCCGUCUUCACAAUCGGCCGAUAUAAAUGAGAGACCAAAGACCAGCCGUGGCUCCAAGGUCGACUUUGGCAAGACCGCAGCUGAGGAGGACCAGGACCUUCAAUUGAGAAAUUCCAAGUUUGCUGAGGGUAGCAUGACCGCUCGGUCCGCCGGGCUAUCUUCAACCUGGCUUGAAAGUGGUUCAAUUUCCACAAUGUCAGGAGAUGACUCAGACGAUCAAUCUACUCCGAGAGCCUCUCCUCAACGCUCGACCGUUGAUUUCGAUAACUUGAAGCCUACUGCGAUCACCCCAGGCACCUUCAAACAACGCCUCGCGAGGAUCGGGUCGGCUUUCAAGGCGGCCCACCACUCAAACAAGCCCGAGGUAGACACGCAGGAUGCAAAAAAGAGAAAGGGCUUGAGAAAGAGCAUGUCAUUGUGGAAUUUGAACAAUAUCUCUGGGAAAACAAAGACUGUUGGCGCUCAGUCUAUCUUGGACCUCAAUUCAGUUGCAGCCGACCCACAGAAGACCACUGCAGAUCAUGAUUUGGAGGUGCUUAAUGAUCGCAAACGAAGAGCCGAGGUGGCCUACGCUCAACAAUUUGGUACCAAGAAGAGAAAGUCCAAUGUCGGUAUCCCCGAACCCAUUGCUGAACCACAACAAGAACAACCACCACAGCUCAGAGAUGACCGGACAGUCACACGACGCAGCAUGAGAUCAUCAGUGUCGACCAGAAGACUCAGCCAUUCCUCUUCCACCAUGGGUAUAGCUGAUAUUUCUGACAGUCAACGCGACAUAGAUUCUCAUAAACGUCCUUCCCGUCGAGAACUGGAAAAGGAGAAUCAACAGCUACGAGCCAUGCUUCGCCAACAGGAGGAUGCAAAUCACAAGACUCCCAAACCCGCAGUCGCGAGAAAUCGAUCGUCGUCCACCACGAAAAUUGCAGCUUUCACUGAACCAUCCCCAACAAAGCAAGAGACAAAAUCAGCAUCAAAGAAGAAGACCACCAAAUCAAAGACCAAGGAUAUCCCACCUGUGCCAUCCGUGCCCGACCGUGUCGCCCUCCAACCACUAAGCAAUGCAAGAAACCAGUCUCGCAGCACCAGCAUCUCCAAUAAUGCUAAUAUCAAUAAUAAUGCCUUUGUCGAUCUCAAACUCACGGCCAGCGCUAAUACUAAUAACACCAAUACCGGCACGUCCAACAAUAAUCCAACAAAGAGAACCUCAACAAACAGCAGCAGUGGCAAUGGCAAUGGGCCCCUCACACGGCCUGUAUCGAUGAUUCUCGAGGAAGACGAGGAGAGCAUUGAAAAUCGAACUCCGAGCGGCAAAUCGUCUCUGAAGAUUGAUGACAUCGCCAAACUCAAGCAGCUCACCCCUUCGCCUGUCCGUUUGUAUCCUGCAAAGCGUGAGCAGUGGGAGUGGCCGGACGAUAUCUUCUGA